AUGAAAACCGACCUGGAGCUCGCCUUGGAGUGCGCCAUCAACAUCUACCACCAGUACGCCAUAAAGAACCCCAUAGAUGACUACCUGAACAAGUCCGAGUUCUCGGAGCUGCUGAAGGAGACCGCCAAGCCCUUCCUCCACAACACCGUGCCGCCUAACAUGUCCGUCGAUGACUACAUAAGCAAGCUCUUCACCAAGGCAGACAGCAACUAUGACGGUCGCCUGAAGUUUACCGAGUUCCUGACCACGCUGAAUCUCGUAGUCAUUGAUGCCCAUAAUAGGUCCCACCAGCAUCCAGAUACCGGUCACGGCCUUGGCCACAGCCACGACCACGGCCACGAUCACGGCCACGACCAUGGUCAUGGUCCCCGCAAGUGA